UCUACCCUCCACCCCCCUUUCAUCUCUUCCUUUGUCCUCUCCCCUUCCUCAUUGCCACGGCGACAAUGCUAACAAUAAUGCUUCCCAUAGCCACACACAGGCAUAAUGGUGAUGCUUGAACCAGGAAGAAGAAGAACAAAAAUGGUGAUGCAAGAGGUGAGUUGAGCAAAUCAAUGAAGCAAUGGAAGAGGAAGAAAACAGCCUCCACAAACAUACAUAAUGGUGAAUGAACAUCGUCUUUUAACUCCCACACUGGUGAUUGAAAAGAAAAAAGAGGAAGGAUGAAAGGUUGAGGGUUUCAAUUCUCACUCCUUAUCUACUGUAGGUUGCCUAAACCAUAUCUAAAAAUUUCUUGGUGAUUAGGAGCAACAUGCAAAAUUUUUUGAACCUAGACUUGGAUGUUUUGAACUUGGAUAUGGAUGUUUUGAAAUAAGAUCAGUGCUGUUUUCGUGAGAAAAAGUAAAGCACAAUAAAGAUGGAAGGAAGAACAAGUUUGGGUUCAGCAUCAAAAGUAGAAGGAAGGGGAUGAUGGUUUUUGUGUCUUUUUUGCAUGUGUGUGUUUGCCCCAGCGGUGUCCGCUGAGCACAGGAGCAUUAAUCCACAAUCGGUCGCUCUAGAUCCAGAGGUCGGCUAACAUUAUUUACAGAAAAGAGAACAGCCUACAAGGAGCUAAUAAAUGAACUAGCUUCCCUCCUCAAUAAAUACUUUUUCCCCCUUUCAUCAUCAGUAAUGGCUAGUGACUAGUGAGGACCCAUCAUUUAUUUUUCUCCAAAGGAAGAAACGGAGAUAGGGGCCUUGAAAAAUGGAGGAAGGGGGGAAAAAGGUGAUUAAGGGAAGAUAGUAAAGAAAUAAUUGACCUUGUCCCAGCAAGGAGUUAAUGAGUGAGAAUCAUGUGAACUGCUUCCACUCUGUCUAUGUCCUUUUAUCUUUGAAUCAACCAAAAGCUUCGACCUGUAAAAUCCAGCGCAACCCCAAGUCCCUUUCUUUGUGUAUUUGUUCUCAGCAAGUUACUCUGUAAGGUUCUAUCAGUCUGCAUGGUAAUGGCUGCAAUUGCUUCGAGGUUCAUCAAGUGUGUGACCGUAGGAGACGGAGCUGUGGGGAAGACAUGCAUGCUUAUUGGCUAUACAAGCAAUAAAUUUCCUACGUGGAUCCCUGCACUCCAACAUUUUGCUCCUGGCAUCCCAUUGCUACUAGUUGGCACCAAAUUGGGAGCGGGGAAUUGGACAUUCAUAUUUCAAAUCUCAGAGAACACAAAGCUAUUUGGCUGAUCAUCCUGGCUUAGUGCCCGUGACCACUGAGCAGAUACGAUGACUUCCUUUAUUAGCUGUAUACUAUUGGCUUUUGUUGAUAACCAGAG